CUCGGAGACUGGGGUAGUGUGAAAAGUGCAGGUUUUGCAUAAUUUAUCAAGAAAGCUGUUAUCUAUCCACCCGUGUGUCCGUGCGUGUGGCUUUGUGUACAGUCAUUGAUCAUGCCGCGAACCCCCAAACUAGAGAUUUUACAGCGCAGAUGCUGCCGGAGCUUCACAUCCAAAUGAAGCGUUCAGCGGCAGCCGAGCCGUUUUCUCGUGUUGUGAAAAUGUUUGGACGAGGCGCGGUGCUCUGCCUUUAGCUGAUGCCUUUACUGUGAAAACUGUGGCUUCUUUUUUUUUCACCCCAAGUUGGCCAGAGGUGACCAAGAUCCCCGUUAACUGCGGAUGUCCCUGACAAACUCAAGCGUCUUCCUGCUUAACGAGGGUUCAGCCGAUUCCUACACUAGUCGACCCUCGGAUUCCGACCUGUCCCUGGAGGAGGACCAGGAGGCGUCUCGGCGUGAAGCCGAGCGCCAGGCUCAGCUGCAGCUAGAGAGAGCCAAGUCUAAACCAGUAGCAUUUGCAGUGAAAACCAAUGUAAGUUACUGUGGAGCCCUUGAUGAAGAUUGUCCUGUCCAAGGUGCCGCUAUUAAUUUUGAAACCAAAGACUUUCUGCACAUAAAAGAGAAAUACAACAAUGAUUGGUGGAUUGGUCGGCUGGUGAAGGAAGGGGCAGACAUCACUUUCAUCCCGAGCCCAGUCAAACUGGAGGCCAUGAGGAUAAAACAAGAGCAGAAAGCAGCAGCAAGGAAAGGAGGGAAUGCUUCUUCCGGAGGCUGGAGGUCCACCCCGCCAUCUGCAGCCAAACAGAAGCAGAAACAGACUGAACAUGUUCCUCCAUAUGAUGUGGUCCCUUCCAUGCGGCCAGUGGUGCUGGUGGGCCCUUCGCUGAAAGGCUAUGAGGUAACAGACAUGAUGCAGAAAGCCUUGUUUGACUUCCUAAAGCACAGAUUUGAUGGCAGGAUCUCUAUUACACGGGUGACUGCUGAUCUGUCACUGGCGAAGCGCUCGGUGCUGAACAAGAAGGCCAUAAUGGAGAGAUCCAACACACGCUCCAGUCUGGCUGAGGUCCAGAGUGAGAUAGAGAGGAUCUUUGAGCUGGCCAAGUCUCUGCAGCUGGUCGUUCUGGAUGCAGACACCAUCAACCACCCAGCACAGCUCCUCAAAACUUCUCUGGCUCCCAUCAUUGUCUACGUCAAAGUCUCCUCGCCUAAAGUUCUUCAGAGGCUGAUCAAAUCUCGAGGGAAAUCACAAAGCAAACACCUCAACGUCCAGAUGAUGGCAGGGGACAAGCUGGCUCAAUGUCCACCUGAGAUGUUUGAUGUCAUCCUGGACGAGAAUCAGCUGGAAGAUGCAUGUGAACACCUUGCGGAGUACCUGGAAAUUUACUGGCGUGCUACGCAUCUCCCCUGUUCUGCCCCUAUUAACCCCUUACUGGACCAAAGCGUGAUCACCCCACCCUCAGCUAACUCCAGCCAACAGUUUUCUGAAACUCAAGAGUUGAUAGAAUGAUUACUACCACAGACAUAGGAGCAGCCUGUGCUGUUGGCUGGGGUCAAACUAGGAGGUCAUAGAGCACAGGGACCAGGGCACCACCAGGGGGCAGCAGCAGCCCUCAUCUCUCCAAAGCCAGCCACCACCUUCUCUGGCCACACCUGGAGCGAAGAAGAGAACAAGAGCAGAGUCCCACGAGAGAGAAAGAGCAGGAGGCUGGUGAGCUGCAGGAAGAGGAGCUGGAGGAGGAGGAAGAUUUGAGCAGUGCCGCAACAGACAGAGGAGCCUCCACCUCACUGCUGCCCCUUCCGCAAGAGCUCCCUGCUCCCACCGCCACGCGACAACUCAGGGCCGCUUUCUACAGCUGCACGCCUACUGGUAACAAAAACCAGUACAGGAGUGCAGUCACUGCACGCCACCUUCCCUCACCCUCCCUCCCACCCUGACCUUGUUCCCAACUCAUACUGGAAGUCACAUCCCCCACCUGGCAAAGCUGAGCCAGUCCGUGUGUGAUCAGACACCCAGAAAUGGCUGUCUCAGACACAGAUAGGCUAAUUCAGCUCUCGUUGUAGACAGAUUACACACCUGUGAAGUCAGAGUAUGUAGCAUAGCAACGCUAUCAGUGUAACACAAAAUACAAACAUGAAUAGCUUCCCGUUGUAGGGUUCCCAGGGAUUCCUCUGAUAAACCUGGGUUCCCCUCUGGCCAAAGUGCAGAGAGUGACAGAAAACCAAUUCUAUAUGUCUUCCAUCUCUACAGCUCUCUGUGAGCUGUCAUUCCAGUUUAACCAAAUGUUUCUUUAAAGGCACAAUUGUUCCUUUACUUGCUUUCUCUUCUUGUUUAUCCAGUAGCCUUUUUAAAUAAUCCUUUCCAUUUAUUUUUUUACAGUAACUAUCUAUAUUACUAUCUAUAAUUCAUAUCUUGGCCCUCAGUAUAGCUGAUCACAUAUCUGUACACAACAGUAAUACAAAACCCAUGCAUGACAAGCACAAAUUUACAGUCUUUAUGCAUCUUUUGUCACAGCUGUGAAUGUAUAAAUGCUGGUCUGUUGGCUUAGGAAGGAUUAUUUACAAUAACUGUGGUUUGUUUGCAGAUGGUUGGUGGCAAAUCCCAUAAUCUAACUAAAAUAAAAAUGCAGUUUGAUAUUAACCAAAAUCUGUGCUUCAAAUGUGAUUCUAAUUAAUCACAUUGAAUCAUUUCAACCAAUCAUAGUGUAUGUCAUUUGCUGCACGGUAGUAUGCAUUUUGUAUUCCAAAGAAAUAAAAAUAUUUUUUUCGGAAACAAUUCGGUCCACCCAGAAGUAUAAUUUGUAGCAUGACCAGAUAUCAGGAGAUUCACUGAUAUCUAAUACAUGUGUAGGUUACUUUAUGAAAGGUCACCAAACUUCUCUUGGCUUUAAAGUAAAACUGAAAGCUUGAGAUAAAUGUAUAGAUUAAUAACACAAUUAAAUGUUAGCUCAGCGUGUGUGCUGAAUGUAAUUCUUGGUGAUAUUAGCACAAAACAAAAACAAACAACACAGUCAAAAACAUCUCUGCAUUUUUUUUCCCAUGUCAGUGGUAUCAUUUAAAUUCCACACUGCUACUAUAGACUCCCAAUUUCUCUUUUGAUGGUAGGGUGAGUUUAGGCAUCAAUAGAGCUUCAGAAUUACUUUGCUCAGCGAAAAUGCAGUAGCUAUGCUGCGUACACUUGCACCCACCCUCUACUACACCACCGUGCUACAACACUGAGACAACUUUAUCACCCCCAAAGGGACAUUCAGGUCUCUGAGCACAGUGACAGUAAAUUAUUUCAUUAUCUUUUGGCCUAAACUAAAAUGAGCAUGUGUGCUUAUAAAUAUAUGGAGGGAGACCUCUGGUGGUAUUAUGUUAUUAUGUUAUUCUCAUAUCCACCACUUCUCAUUUCUCUGCCCAUUGCAAACAAACGGAGAGACAUACAUUAAAUAUGCAUCCACAUAAAUUAAGUAAUUAUGUACAACUUACAGUCAUAAGACUAGUUAAAUGUCUUUGCUACAAAUACCAAAAGCUUCAUCCAAACUUUGCAUAGCCACUAGUUCUCUCUUUUGUGUUGAUUUAAUCAUCUAUUUGCCUCCAUUUCAUGUCUUACAGUACUCACAAAAAUGAAUGCAUCUCAGUAAGCACUAAAAUUCUCACUUUAAUGCAUCUGCUUUUACCAUAUAGAACUAUAGAAUACAGCUAACAUACCACAUAUGUAAAUAAUCUAAUGUAUGUGCAUGACAUAUUGUAUUCCUGUUUCAUCAGAAGGGCUUUUUGGGACCAUCCUCACAUGAGCCAUUCACUCUUCAGAGUAAAUCAACACGACCUACAUAACCAGUCACAUGUAUGCAUUAUCAAGGCCUAAUUGUACAUACUGUAUAUUCAAUAUGCAGAUAUAAUUAUUAUUAUGAAAUUGCACAAAAACAAGAAAUGUUGACAGAAAGUAGAAGGGUUUUAGUCACAUUACACAAUUCUGUAUUCAACGCCUCAGAAAGCAUGUGCUUAUAUGUAUUUUCCUCUCUUUUUAGAAUGGUGCACAGCAGUUAUUUAGCACCACUGUAAAGUUAGCUUCCACUGACACCCACAUUCAUUUCUGAAGGACCAGGUUUGAGAUACAUAACUUCUACUUGAUGAAACACAGAGUGCACAGUACCUUCUUUAGAUCAGCUCUCUCUGUUUGCUUAAUUUUUAUUGCAGGAAAUUUCUACAAAAAGUGAAUUAUUCUUUGGACGUCCAAAGCACAAUUUUUUACAACUAUCAUUUCCUAUUGCGUUUCACUUGCCUAAAUUCUGUAUGCAAUACAAAGUCUAGCAUUGACGAGACACUAGCUGAGACUAUCAAGAAAUCUCCUCAGUUAUGAUGGGGUAUAAUUGCACUAUUAUCAUUUAUAUGUCUGCUUUACGAUGCAAUAAAUGCACUAAACAUUAUGCUGUACCCACUUCCAAUACUGAACAUGUUGUCUGGUCCAAUGAUGAUGUCAACAUUUCACAUGGUUUCUGACAAGUCGACAAGAUAAAUGAUAUCCAACAGUGUCUGAUGAAGAUGUGUACAGGGUGCACCUUUUGUCAAUAGCACAUUUGAAAGAGGGGGUGAAUAAAACACAACAUUUAAGUAACA